AUGAGGUUUACUCAAAACUUAUUAUUUAUUGUUUUACUUAUCACUGCUUUUGGAAUUUUUAUCUGGAGAAAUGUAGGUUUAAACAGCUUGAAACUAACCACAAUGUAGCCCUAGCCUCGGCCUAACUUAUAGUCCUCACCCAGAGCCCUAGCCUGAAGCCCUAGUCCGGAGGCCUAUGCCGGAGCCCUGACCUGGAGUCAUAGCCUUAGUCCUAGCUUAUAUUCAGAGCCUCAUCAUAUCCUUUGCAUUAACCCUAGCCCCAACCCUUUAACUCCUAAAUGAUCUUUUAGAAACUCACAGUAACAACAAACACCCCAAUCAUUAAACUUAAUGAUCUACGGCAAAAAGAUGCAUUUUUAUCUGAAAACCGAUCGAAAAUACUGGUCUGGUCGGAAAGAUGUGCGAAAUCAUAUUGUCCUGGUGCCAGAACCUUUUUCAUGAGAGUACAUAGACGAUGCGGCAGAAAAUGCGUUUUCUUUCACGACCAAGAACUUUUGAGUCAAGCCGAUGCAGUUAUUUUUACACCGUUUGAACGGAGUAUGUUUGUUCUAAAACAUUUUUAUUACAAUAUAUCUUUAAAAAAUUUUUUUUGUUGUUAUGUGCUAAUUCAAAUUAAGCUACAAAUUUAUUACGGUAAUAAUCGUUUAAUUUAGUUAAAUAAUUGUAUUCAGAAUUUAUUGACCUAAAAUAUCCAUCAAGAACAAAUUCACGCCAAUUAUUUAUCUUUUACGAACGUGAGCCGCCUACAAAGUACCCACAAAAUGCAUCGUAAGUGUCUGAUUGGGAACAAAAAUACGGAUUUUUUAAAAAUACCUUACUAAUAUAAAAAUUAGCCUUCCAGCAAGUUACUUUAAUGCCAUCGCCACAUAUCAUUCCAAUGCCGACAUUCCGAUUCCUUAUGGAAGGUACAUACCGAUCGAUACAAAAGUGCCUGUAAGACAAAAAUUUUUAUUAGAGUUAAAAAAGAUCAAAUAUUUUGCUUUGGCCCGGCCGAAGUCAGUUAACUCCUUUUUUUGGUCUAACAUGUAUGAAUAUUAAACUCUUCGUUACAGUUUGCAUCAUUUCGGGCAGAAUUACAACGAAAGGUUGAAAAAAUGAAGACCAAAGGAACGUUUAUUGUGUAUUCGAACUGUAACACAAAGUCUAAACGAGAAGAAGUUAUCAAAGAAUUGCAAAAGUAUGUUAACAACCUUUACAGUCAAGGCCGUGCACCUUAAAGAAAAUUUGAAAAAAGGUCAACAUGGUUCCUGUUGGCUUUUUUGUCAUCCACCCGAUUCCAAAAGCUGAUUUCCCAUCUUACCACAAUCCCAGACUCCCCGCAUCUGUAUCUCUAAAUUUAAGCACACUGUAAUGCGAGCAUUUUAGGUACAUUCGUAUCGAUGUCUUUGGCAAAUGUAACAACAACACUUGCGACAAACAGUGUUUCGAACGAAAAACCAAAAAUUACAGAUUUUACCUAGCUUUUGAAAACGCAUAUUGUGAUGACUAUGUUACCGAAAAGUUUUGGAAAUUUAAUGAAGUUGUACCAGUAGUUCUAAAACGUCGGUAUUAUCCUGAUCUACAUCCUAAAUCAUUUAUUGCUUUGGAUGAUUUUAAGUAAGUUUCUACUUUCUACAACAAAAUCGUAAUAUUAAUAACAACACUGUGAUCUAAAACACAGUAUCCUUAAAACAUUCAAAUUAAAAACAACAAUAUUAAAAAAAAAAUAAAAAACCAAACUAACGUCUAUUUUUUAGAAGUAUAAAAGCCGCAGCAGAUUACCUGGAGUACUUGCAAUGGAGCCGGUCGGCUUACUUAAGUCACCUGGAAUGGACAUAUGGAUACACGAGGCAUUUUAUGAGCGGUGAAGCUGCAAUUUGUAGAGUUUGUAACUAUGUUCAUCAACGCAACGGCACAACAAAGUUAUAUAAUAGAAUAGAACAGUAUCAAAACGUGCACAACACUUGUGAUUUUAAUGGUAGUGAUACUCUUUACCAAUAG